CUUCUACAGAAGAGCAAAGGCAGGCACCACCAUGGUAAAAUUUCUGUUGCUGGCUUUGGCAUUUGGUCUGGCUCAUGCUCAUGCUGAGCUUGAAGGAAAGUGGGUUACCAUUGCCAUUGCUGCUGACAAAGUUGACAAGAUAGAGAAAGAAGGACCUCUGAGAAUCUACGUUCGUGAACUUACUUGUAGUGAAGCAUGUAAUAAAAUGGGAGUCACAUUUUAUGUCAAUGCCAAUGGCCAAUGUUCAGAGACCAAAGUCAUUGGAUAUAGGCAAGAAGAUGGCAAAUACAGAACCCAGUUUGAAGGUGACAAUAUAUUUGAACCUGUGCAUGCAACAGCAGAGAACAUAGUCUUUACCAGUAAGAAUGUGGAUAGAACUGGCCAGACAACUAACCUGAUUUUUGUUGUUGGAAAAAGUAAAACUUUGACUCCUGAACAAUAUGAAAAACUUGAGGAAUUUGCUAAGGAACGGAACAUUCCAACAGAAAACAUUAGAGAAGUUCUGGCUACAGAUACUUGUCCUGAAUAA